AAAGCAAAAUUCUGAACUCCACUUUUUCUUCUCUCUUCUUCUAUAGCUAGGAAUAAACUAGUGGAUCAAGUUCCAUAUCCUCAUCUUUCUUCACCCACACACAUACACUUUUAACACUUAUAUUUAUGAAAUGAACUCAUAAACUAAUUGAUUAUCAUCAGUCCUAAACUAUGUAUCUUUUGUUUCCAAUUCAAACCACAUGAAAUCAUGGAGAUACAUCAUCACCACCUCUUCGUCUCUCUCCUCCUUCUCCUUCUUCCCCUAAGCUCCUCCCAAGAAAACACCAGAAGCUUGGUCAUUGAUGUCAAUGGUCCAGUCGAAACUUCUCCUAUCUCCGAGAAACUGAAUCCAAAGCUUGUGUACGAAAUAAAAGUGCAUGGGUUUAUGCUUUGGGCAUCGAUGGGUGUUUUGAUGCCAAUUGGUAUAAUCUCCAUCAGAUUAAUUACUAUCAAAGACCAACCUAUUAUCACUCUUCGACGACUCUUCUGGAUCCAUGUCACUUCUCAGAUGGUUGCAGUGAUACUUGUUACAAUAGGAGCAAUAAUGUCUGUAAAAAACUUCAACAAUUCCUUCAAUAACCAUCACCAACGGCUAGGAAUUGGACUUUACAUCAUUGUAUGGUUCCAAGCUCUUCUUGGCUUCCUCCGACCUUCAAGGGGAGGAAAAGCUAGAAGGAAGUGGUUUGUAGGACACUGGAUAUUAGGAACAUCGAUUGCUAUUCUUGGGGUAAUAAACAUUUACACAGGGUUACACGCUUACAGCAAGAAGACAUCAAGAAGUGUCAAGCUUUGGACCAUACUCUUCACGGCACAACUCUCUUCUAUUGUCUUGUUUUAUCUUUUCCAAGACAAGUGGUCUUAUAUCCAAAGCCAAACUACCUUCAACAGAAAUCAAUCCGUUGAUCAUAACAGCAACAUCUCAACCGCAGAGGCUGGCCAUGUAGACGGGGUUGAUGAAGAGACUAAACAAAGCUAUUAGUAAAUUGUUUUCUUAUCUUGAGAUAUUGUUUUCCAAGAGACAAAAAAGGGUUGCAAAGGCAUAUGAAUUGAUUUGUAGUGGUAAUGAUCAUUUGACUAACUUUCGAGUUUCUU